AUGCUUAAAAAGAAACUACUUGCUCAUGUGCCCGCCAGCGCCUGCCUCAGCGACGGGCAUAACACCUGGUCGUUGACUGAUCUCAAAAGCGCAGCAACGAGCUGGAUUAACAAGCUGGACGAGCUUAACGUCCGGCGGGUAGCUUUCGAUCUACCCAACGGCUUCGACUGGGCUGCUCUGGACAUCGCUCUGCUGGAAUCUGACAGAGUUGCGAUACCUAUCCCAUCGUUUUUCAGCACAACCCAGCGCAAUCACACGUUAAAAGCCUCUGGUGCUGAGGUCAUGAUCACGCUGAGCGAAAGCGCAGCAGGCGCGCACUCGGGAACAGAGGUCGAUUUCAAACGUUUCGACAUCGCGCAUAGGUUUGAUGCUGAAGAUGUGGCACUACCCGCGGGAACUGCGCUGGUGACUUUCACGUCCGGCAGCACAGGUGAACCUAAAGGUGUCUGUCUUAGCGCAGAAACGUUACUGCAAACGGCCAACAGCCUGUAUGAGACGCUGAAAGAUCAGGAGAUACAGCAGCAUCUGUGUGUGUUACCCCUGACACUGCUGCUGGAGAACACCGCAGGCCUGUUUGCCAAUCUCCUCAACGGCAGCACUAUAUACGUGCCCGAUCUGGCUGAAAUUGGCGUUCAAGGCAGUAGCCAGGUGGACGUGGGCCAGUUCGUGAAGGGGAUUGAAACAUUUGGUCCGGACAGCAUCAUCGUUGUGCCUGCCCUUCUGCUUGCAAUCACCGCUUCAGCUGAAUUUGGCCUGGUGACCUUUAAACACUUUAAAUUUGUAGCCGUGGGCGGCGGCCGCGUGACCCCGGAACUGCUGCAUCGGGCCGCGCAGCAGAACAUUCCUGUUUAUGAGGGUUAUGGGUUAACCGAGUGCGGCAGCGUGAUCACACUCAAUACACCCACGGCACAGAAAAUCGGCAGCGUUGGAAGAUUGUUACCCCAUGUUAAAGCCUGCAUUGAAAACGAAGAGCUGAUUGUCACUCACCCACGCAUGCUGGGCAUCAUCGGUGACCUGGAUACAUGCACAAAGGUUGCAACCGGCGACCGUGUUGCCAUAGACGCAGACGGCUACGUGACCGUUUAUGGACGUCUUAAAAACACCUUCAUUACCGCCUACGGACGCAACGUGUCACCGGAAUGGGUUGAAAGCGAAUUGCAGAAUGAACUGUGUAUCAGCCACGCCGCGGUGUUUGGCGAAGCGGCGCAAAGCAACACAGCGCUGCUGUUGCCAAGAGGUGAGCCCACUGAUGCUGAACUCGACGCGGCGGUCAGCGCCAGCAAUCAGCGACUGCCUGACUACGCACAAGUCGGCGCAUGGUAUCGCGUGACUGCUGCAGACAUGAACAACUACAACGGUCUGACCAGCAACGGGCGCGUACGCCGACAGCUUGAUCUACUUGCGGCCCCCAUUAUCGAAGACGUGGCACAUGGGCGUGUCACCCUCGAGAUGUAUCACGCUUUUUUAACCAACGCUUACCAUCACGUGCGCUUUACGGUGCCGCUGAUGAUGGCCACCGCAAGUCGUAUACACCCAAGCCAGAUGCACCUGAUCAGUGCGUUUAAAGAAUACAUAGAUGAAGAAAUUGGUCAUGAGCGAUGGAUCCUUAACGAUCUUGAAGCCUGUGGUGCAGAUGCCCAGCAGAUCGCCGCAAGCGAACCCAAUUUCGCCACAGAAGUGAUGCUGGCUUAUGUUCGCGACUACAUUACAACGGUUAACCCCAUCGGUUUUCUUGGCAUGGUACAUGUUCUGGAAGGCACCAGUACGUCACUUGCCAGCAGCACUGCAGACCUCAUUGCACAAGCCCUGGACUUACCCAGCAAGGCGUUCACCUACCUGCGCAGCCACGGUGCUUUAGACAUAGAACACGUUGAUUUUUUCAAGCAGUUGCUCGACGGUCUGACAGCAGCGGAUAUGCACCAUGUCAUUCACGUUGCAAAACGUGUUUAUGUACUUUACGGCAACCUCAUGCCGCUUAAGCAACGCGCCGUUCUGCUGACAGGCGCAACAGGUGGUAUUGGUCAGGCGCUUGCGAAAGUGCUGGCCAACGCAGGACACACGCUGAUACUCAGCGCACGCUCAGAGGAAAAACUAAAACAGCUGAAGGACAAUCUGCCCGCCAGAAGCAUCAUCAGCACAGUUCGGGCUGACUUAACGUUACCCACAGAUCUCGACAACCUCGCGCAAGCGGCCGCGCAGAACGGUGUUGAUACCCUGAUCAACCUGUCCGGCGCCAAUCAGUUUGCACUGCUGGAAAAUACCGAAGCGGCGGCGUUGACAAAUAUGGUGCAACUGAAUCUGCUGGCACCGAUGCAACUGACACGUUUGUUGCUGCCGCACCUGCGUAAAAAUCCUCACGGCAUGAUCGUCAACGUGGGUUCUGUCUUUGGCACAAUUGGACAUCCGGGUUACACCGCCUACUGUGCUUCAAAAUUCGGCCUGCGUGGAUUCACCGAAGCGUUGCGCAGAGAAGUCAAAAAUACAUCCAUCGACGUGAUUUACUUCGCCCCGCGCACAACCAGCACCGCGAUGAACAGCGAAGCUGCCAAUCAACUCAAUGACGCGUUAGGCAACGCCAGCGAUACACCUGUGUACGUGGCGCAAAAAAUUCUCAAAUCAAUUGAACAGAAAGCAAAGAGCACUUAUCUCGGUUGGCCGGAGCGACUGUUUGUGCGUGUUAACCAGAUCAUGCCCGGGGUUGUAGAUCGCGCCCUGGAGAAAAAAUUAUCCACCAUUGAACAAUUCGCCAGGACAACCUGA